AUGGGUCGUCGGGCGGCGGCGAUGGCUGCCGUGGCGGCGCUGCUGCUGUGCGCCGCGGCGUUGGGAGUAGGAGCGGAGGUGGUGGACGAGUUCGGGGGCGGGGCGUCCUUCAUCUUCGGGGACUCACUAGUAGACGCCGGUAACAACAACUACAUCCCGACGCUAUCCAGGGCCAACAUGACGCCCAACGGCAUCGACUUCGCGGCGACGGGCGGGACGCCCACGGGUCGGUUCACGAACGGGCGGACGAUCGCGGACAUCAUCGGCGAGAUGCUGGGGCAGGCGGACUACUCGCCGCCGUUCCUGGCGCCCAACACGAGCGGCGGCGCGAUCCUGAACGGCGUCAACUACGCGUCGGGCGGCGGCGGGAUCCUGAACGGCACGGGGAAGGUGUUCGUGAACCGGAUCGGGAUGGACCUGCAGGUGGACUACUUCAACAUCACCAGGCAGCAGCUGGACGCGCUGCUGGGGAGGGACAAGGCCAGGGAGUUUCUGAAGAAGAAGGCUAUCUUCUCCGUCACUGUUGGGUCUAAUGACUUCCUCAACAACUAUCUCAUGCCCGUGCUGUCUACUGGCACGAGGAUCCGUGAAUCGCCUGACGCCUUCGUCGACGACCUCAUCUUCCACCUCCGGGACCAGCUCACGAGGCUGCACACGCUGGACGCGCGCAAGUUCGUGGUGGCCAACGUGGGGCCGCUGGGUUGCAUCCCGUACCAGAAGACCAUCAACCGGGUGGGCGUGGACGAGUGCGUGAAGCUGCCCAACCAGCUGGCGGCGCAGUACAACGCACGGCUCAGGGAGCUCAUCAUCGAGCUCAACGGCAACCUCCCCGGCGCCAGGUUCUGCCUCGCCAACGUCUACGACCUCGUCAUGGAACUCAUCACAAACUACCCCAACUACGGGUUCGAGACGGCCAGCGUGGCGUGCUGCGGCAACGGCGGGUCGUACGACGGGCUGGUGCCGUGCGGGCCGACGACGAGCCUGUGCGACGACCGGGACAAGCACGUGUUCUGGGACCCCUACCACCCCAGCGAGGCCGCCAACGUGCUGCUCGCCAAGUACAUCGUCGACGGCGACGCCAAGUACAUCUCGCCCAUCAACCUCAGGAAGCUCUACUCCCUCUGA